AUGCUCCAGAUGCCGAAGCAAGUGGGCUGCAUGCUCGGCGGACUGGCCGGUCUGUCCACGCGAGUGCGCACGUUUGCCGAGAUUGGAGCGUGGUUUGGGUGGUCGGGCCUUUUUUUCGCUGCUUACAUACGAAGGGUCUUCGAAGCGAGCCGUUGGGCAGGGCAGGACUUUAGCUCGGCCAGCUUUGAUGUUGCCGACAUGCGAACAGGCUGCAUAAAGGCACUCAUGGCCCGGCACAAGCACGGCUUCCAUGUGAACUACGGAGGCGGCAAGCCAAAGUACCUGCCGCGCAAGCCAGGCGAGAAGAAGACGCGCACGUGGCGGCCAGUGCUCUAUGAAGAUCGCGCCAAGGCAGUGGCGUGGUAUCACGAGCAUUUGGCGGAGGCCUUCGGCCCUGCUGACCGUGAGACGUCAAAGCUCGACCUAUGCUUCAUCGACGCAUCGCACACUUUCAAACACGUGGUCGAGGACGUCCGCUUCUUCCAGCCCAUGUGCCGCCUCUUGCUGUUCCACGACAUCGUGGAUGCUGACUCGGUGGGCGUGAGGCAGUUGUGGCACUUUUUGAGCUCAAGACUGCGCUGGGAGCGCGACCAGCACGCCCCAGCGGGCGUGGCGGGAUUGAACGGGACCGCAUGGGAUGUCGAAGCAGGCUACAUGGUAAAGGAGUGCACGCAGCAGGCGGGAACGAGGCGCUUCAACUUUGGGCUUGGAUUGAUAUCCGCACAGCGCCUCAAGAGCUCCUGGCUUGACGAGGCCGAAGCCAAAGCAAGCGCUGACGCGGCAGCAAAGGCGUCGAGGGGGUGA